AAUCUGCAAAGUGGGGCAGGACCACCGAAGCCAUUUUAUUAUUAUAACAGCAAAAGGUGCAGGUGCAUCACGAUAUAUAUUUUUUAUAGUUACACUUUUAUUUUUAGAGCUCAAGUUACCAUGGGGCAGUGUGGAAUUACGUCAUCCAAAACCGUCUUGGUAUUUCUUAAUCUCAUAUUUUGGGCUGCAGCUGGUAUUUUGUGCUACAUUGGAGCCUAUGUGUUUAUCACAUAUGACGACUACGACCACUUCUUUGAAGAUGUGUACACUUUGAUUCCUGCUAUCAUAAUAAUAGCGGUCGGGACUCUGCUCUUCAUCAUCGGCUUGAUUGGCUGCUGCGCAACAAUACGUGAAAGCUCCUGUGGUCUGGCAACUUUUGCUGCCAUUCUCCUGCUGGUAUUCCUCACAGAGUGUGUGGUGGUGGUGCUUGGCUACAUAUACAGGGCAAAGGUUGAAAAUCAGGUCAACCACUCCAUCCAGAAGGUUUACAACGAAUACAAUGGCACCAACACUGAUGCUCCCAGCCGUGCUAUUGACUAUGUGCAGAGGCAGCUUCACUGCUGCGGCAUUCAUAACUACUCUGACUGGAGGAACACGCACUGGUUUAAAGAAUCUAAGAACAACAGCGUGCCGGUCAGCUGCUGUCAGCCCAGCAUCACUAACUGUACUGGCACUCUCACUCGACCAGCAGAUCUCUACCAAGAGGGUUGUGAAGCUCUCGUUGUGAAGAAGUUAAAGGAGAUCAUGAUGUAUGUCAUAUGGGCUGCACUCACUUUCGCAUCUAUACAGAUGCUGGGUAUGCUCUGUGCCUGCGUGGUGCUGUGUAGGAGGAGUCACGACCCAGCGUAUGAGCUGCUGGUCACAACCAACAGCUAUGCAUGAGCCAACCAACAAAGCACUCAAUAAAUCAAAAAGAGCGUCACUGAACAUGUCCACAGUAGAUAUCAGCUGUAGUAGUUUAAGCUCAUACACACACCUUGCACAAUUCAUGAUAAAGUAGCCGACACUGAUGGUUUGGGUGGGUGUGGGGCUCCAAGGGGAAUCACGUUAUUUAUCGACAUGCUUUGUAUGUUACUGUUACUUUAAAUGUUAUGUUUUCUCUCCCUACUAAUACUGAGUCAUCUACAUAAGCCAAAGUUUUAUAUGGCUAAUUGACACUAUUGAUGUUGAUGCAGAUUUAGUUUCCUUCUAUUUCUUGUGGCUUGAUAAAAUGCGGGCUUAUCCCCAGUGAGAAUGAUGUAAAUAAAUUGGAGCAUAUUUGUUUAUUUCACUCAGUGUUGGGAGUGCAUGGAAUGAAUGUAUUGUGUCCUGCAGCACGAUAUACAUUUCAGAUAGUGAUUGGAAAAUCUAUGCUAAAAUGAUAAUGUACACCUUUCCUAAGAACCUAGUUUAACCAGACUUUGUGAAGUUGGAAAAUGUGUUUUUUUUUUUACCAUGGACAGAACAGACUGUGUUUUAUCUCAAUCUUUCAUUGCUAAUACAUGCAUUGUAAAUGAACCUUUUUCUCCAGUGCUAUUAGGAGGAGUAUUUUCAGUGUUACCUGAUGUCUGUAUGAGUAGAUUGUUACAGAUAAUUCCUUCUGUUUAGUUUGUGAGACAUAAACCUGCUAUAAAGGAUUACGACACAUUUCUUUUCUACAUUCAUGUGAAUUGUGCGCCUUUUAAAUAUUUUGAAGCUGUUAAGCUGAUCCUUGAUAUUUAGCUAGUGUUGCAGAAAAAUCAUGUUGAAAAAUUGUGUAAAUACUGGAGGAUGGAUGGGCCAGGAACAAAUAAACUCAUACAUUUCAA